AUGACUAUUAAUUUCAAUGUUUAUGCUUAUAAAUCCUAUUCACAAUAUCAACUAUGGCGUUUACAUGCAACAAAUAAUGAACAAAUUGCUAAACUAAUUGAUUUUAGUCAUAUAGCUCAUCAACAUAAAGUUAACUUUUGGUCUGAAGAAUUUCAUAUAGAUCUUCCGAUUGAUGUUACUGUAGCACCUGAAUCAAUUGAAAGUUUUGCUAAAUAUUUAUCAUCAGAUGAAUUAAAAAUAAAAUAUGAUAUUAUUAUGAAAGAUAUUGGUUCUAUUAUUGAAGGACAAAACUUAAUUCAUAAAGUACAACCAUCAUCUUUUUAUGCUGAUGAUUUUGCAUAUGAUAAAUAUCAUCCAAUUGAAGAAAUUCAUGCAUGGAUCGAUAAAAUGGUUGAAACAUAUCCAUCACUCGCAACAUCAUUUACAGUUGGACAAUCAUAUGAAAAACGUGAAAUGAAAGGUUUAAAAAUAUCAUCAACUAAAGCAGCUGUUAAACUUGAUGGUACACCAGUAAAUGCAAAAAAAGCUGUUUGGUGGGAUGGAGGUAUUCAUGCUCGUGAAUGGAUUAGUCCAGCAACGAAUAUUUAUAUUGCUCAUGCACUUUUAUCAAACUAUAGUGUAGAUCCAACAAUUACUCAUAUUGUUGAUCAAUUUGAUUAUUAUAUUUUACCAGUAUUUAAUGUUGAUGGUUAUGCUUAUACAUGGACAAAAGAUCGCUUAUGGCGUAAAACUCGAAGUCCAACAUCAAAACCGAAUUGUUUCGGUGCUGAUCCAAAUCGUAAUUGGGAUUAUCAAUGGUGUGAAGGUGGUGCUUCACGAGAUCCAUGCGAUGAUACCUAUUGUGGUAGUAAAGCAUUUUCAGAAAUUGAAACAGUACAAGUAUCAAAAUUUAUUGGUGAUCAUCGUGAUACAAUUGUACAUUAUAUUAAUUUUCAUUCAUAUUCACAACUUUGGAUGACACCAUGGGGUUAUACAACAAAAAAACCAGCACAAUUUAAAUUACAAGAUGAUGGAUCGGUUCAAGCUGUUAACGCACUUGCUGCUGUUUUUGGUACUAAAUAUAUUCAUGGUAAUAUUGGAGCAACUAUUUAUGUUGCAUCUGGUAAUACAGUUGAUUGGACAUCUGGCACAGCCAAUAUAACAUUUAGUUAUGCUGUAGAACUUCGAGAUACUGGUGAAUAUGGAUUUUUAUUACCAGAAAAUCAAAUUAUUCCAACCGGUAAAGAAACAUUAGCUGGUGAAUUAGCUUUAUUGAAAUAUAUCGAAGGACAUGUUUAUGCAUAA